UGAAGGGCAAUCUUAUUCACUGCACUGAAGCUGGAGCUAGUGUUCCAACUUCCAAGCACUGACCGACCCCAAAAUGCUGCAGAAUGAUCUACGGAGAGCGUGAACAGAUGCAGGCUAACACGAUUAGAGUGAUGACCAGAUUGUACCUGAUGUAAUUGGUUAUUUGUUGCCAUUUUAUGAUAUGGAUAUGACAGCUUUAUUCAUGAAGUUAUGUCAUGUUGAGUCCAGAAGACUUCUCUUCAUUGUGGGCCUAGUGGUUGCUUCUGUAAUUGUGUUUCAGGUUUUUGAACUUCCCAGUAUGAAUACCUUGACUCUAUCACCUACUGUAAAGGGUUCAGUAUCUAUGAUGGUUGGCGAUGCCACCAUUUUGAAGAACUCAAUAUCGGCUAAUUCUUAUGUAAUUCGCACAGUGGUGAAUAAUAGUGAUGCUUCUGAUUUGGAGGACGAAGCAGACAUGGACUAUCAUCUUGCAUCAGAUGAUGACGGAGACCUUGAUUAUUCUGUUGAAAUGCACGAAGAGAAAAACUCAGACAAUGAGUUUAUUCUUGAGAAGGGUGUAGGACUUGAUAAGAGCAUGACAGUGAGAAAUGUCAGACAUACAGAUAAUAGUCCUAAAGAAAAGGCAAUAGAAUUCAGGCAUGGUCCUCUAGAGCAUUUGAAAAUAUCAGACAACAAUUUCAAGAUAGAUGAUGACCGAAAGGCGAGCAGCAGUUUAACAAUAGGGGAAGGUAGCAAUCGGGAUGGUCUUGUGUCCCUGCCACUUGUGUCACCAGGAAUUUCUUCAAAGGGUACGAGAAACCUGGAUGCAGAUUCUAGAACUUCUGAUUUAUCCACAGUGAGCAAUGUUAAACAUGUCAUGGAAGCCGAAAAGGACAAAAAUACCAAUCUAUUGCAAACUGUUUCAGUUCCUUUGGACAAUAAUUAUACAAUUGCAGACAUCUCUAUUACUAGAAGGAGGGGGAUGAAGCCAACAACCAUAUCCAAGAUGAAUUUGUUAUUGCUUCAGAGUACUGUUUCUUCUUAUUCAAUGAGGCCACGGUGGUCUUCUCCACGUGAUCGGGAGCUUCUAUCUGCAAGAUCAGAGAUCCAGAAUGCUCCAGUCAUAAGGAACACUCCGGGACUUUAUGCUUCUGUCUACCGAAAUGUUUCCAUGUUUAAAAGGAGUUAUGAGUUGAUGGAACGGGUGCUCAAAAUUUAUAUUUAUAGAGAAGGAGAAAAGCCUAUAUUCCAUCAGCCACGACUGAGAGGAAUUUAUGCCUCUGAAGGAUGGUUCAUGAAAUUGAUAGAGGGGAACAAACGGUUUGUGGUCAGGGACCCCAGAAAAGCUCACUUGUUCUACGUACCCUUCAGUUCAAAAAUGCUGAGGACUGUGUUUUAUGAACAAAAUUCCUCCACUCCAAGGGACCUAGAGAAAUAUUUCAAGAAUUAUGUAGGCUUGAUUGCAGGAAAAUAUCGUUUCUGGAACAGAACUGGAGGAGCAGAUCAUUUAAUCGUUGCUUGUCAUGACUGGGCACCCCGGAUCACAAGGCAAUGCAGCUGGAAUAGCAUCAGAGCCCUUUGCAAUUCAAAUAUUGCCAGUGGCUUCAAAAUAGGCAAGGAUACUACUCUUCCAGUGACAUAUAUCCGUAAAUCUGAGGACCCUCUAAAAUAUCUUGGAGGAAAACCUCCUUCACAGAGACCUAUUCUGGCCUUCUUUGCUGGAAGCAUGCAUGGCUAUCUCCGUCCAAUCCUGCUACAGUACUGGGAGAAUAAAGAACAAGACAUCAAAAUAUUUGGUCCAAUGUCUCGUGAUGAUGGAGGCAAAAGUAGAUAUCGGGAUCACAUGAAGAGCAGCAAGUAUUGCAUUUGUGCCAGGGGCUAUGAAGUUCAUACACCUCGAGUUGUUGAGGCCAUUUUCUAUGAGUGUGUGCCAGUGAUCAUAUCUGACAAUUAUGUGCCUCCUUUCUUUGAGAUAUUGAACUGGGAAGCAUUUGCAGUAUUCAUUCUAGAGAAAGAUGUACCAAAUUUGAGGAACAUACUUCUCUCCAUCCCAGAAGAGAAGUACCUCCAAAUGCAGAUGAGAGUAAAGAUGGUGCAACAGCAUUUUCUUUGGCACAAAAAGCCGGUAAAGUAUGACUUAUUUCACAUGAUACUUCACUCAGUUUGGUACAACCGAGUUUUUCAGGUAAAGCCCAAAUAAGAGAUGGAAGAAAGCUGAUCAAAUGUCACAAAGGAAUGGUGUUAUCCAUCAACUGCAAACAAUCAACCGGGAGAUGGGAGGAGCAAGCAACCCAGAAUUUUGCUGAAACAUCAUCUGUCAUCCUGCCAAUGUAAGUUGAAUGAGGGUGGAGCAGUGUGUGUAUAGCUGCUUGAUUCACCAGAUUCUGGUGAUGGGCUUGUUUGUUCAAAUGCUAUAUGAAAAAUAAAGAAAGCAUUCUGUAUAUGUGUGAUAUGCAAAUGAAUCCCUGCAGAGAACCCUCCUUACUGUCAAA